AUGUCAUUUUACCAACAAUUCUUUACCUUGAAUAAUGGGAAUAAAAUCCCUGCAAUAGCCAUCAUCGGGACAGGCACCAGGUGGUAUAAAAACGAGGAAACAGAUGCUACCUUCUCUAACAGUUUAGUUGAGCAGAUUGUCUAUGCUCUAAAUUUGCCUGGUAUCAUUCACAUUGAUGCUGCUGAGAUUUACAGAACAUAUCCAGAAGUUGGGAAGGCGCUCAGCCUCACCAAAAAACCAAGAAAUGAAAUAUUCUUGACGGACAAGUACUCAACUCAGAUCAAGGUAUCAGAUUCUCCAGCUGCAGGACUGGAUGUGGCUUUGAAGAAAUUGGGCACUGACUACGUCGAUUUGUACCUUUUACAUAGUCCGUUUGUUUCCAAAGAGGCCAACGGGUUCAGUUUGGAAGAAGCCUGGAAGGACAUGGAGCAAUUGUACAAAUCAGGUAAAGCUAAAAAUAUUGGUGUUUCCAACUUUGCUGUGGAAGACUUGAAAAGGAUCCUGAAAAUUGCGGAAGUCAGGCCUCAAGUUAAUCAAAUUGAAUUCAGCCCCUUCUUGCAAAACCAAACACCAGGGAUUUACAAAUUCUGCCAAGAAAACGAUAUAUUGCUGGAGGCAUACUCACCACUAGGUCCCCUACAAAAAAAAAGUGCACAAGAUCAGUCUCAACCAUUUUUCGAAUUCGUGAAAGAGCUUUCUGAGAAAUAUAUCAAGUCUGAAGCCCAGAUUAUCUUACGUUGGGUGAGCAAACGCGGCGUGUUACCUGUAACCACGUCUUCCAAGCCUCAAAGAAUUUCUGACGCCCAAAACUUAUUUUCUUUUGACUUGAGCGAUGAGGAGGUUGAUAAGAUAACGGAGCUCGGCUUGGAGCAUGAACCCCUAAGACUGUAUUGGAAUAAAUUGUAUGAUAAAUACAAUUAUGCUGCUCAAAAAGUAUAA